AUGGAAAUUCAAGGAUCUCUUUUGGAACCGGCGCUUUUGGACUUCGUCGGUGAUGUGAGCUGUGCGGAUCUGCCCCCGAAACCGGCGGCCAGACAGAGCGCGGCCUGUUCUCUGCACACCACGAACCUUCGGAGCCAAUAUUACAACAUGAUGGCCGUUACCGGAGGCCAGGCGCCCCCGCGCUCCCCGGAAAGCGCCUGUUUGGGGACGGGGAAGACGCCGGCGCGCGGGGUUUCCACCCUGGCCGCGAGGUCGAAGCGGAAGCGCGUGAUCACCACGGUGCAGCGGCAGGCGGCCAACAUCAGGGAGCGCAAGCGCAUGUUCAGCCUCAACGAAGCUUUCGACCAACUGCGCAAGAAAGUGCCAACCUUCGCCUACGAGAAACGGCUGUCCCGCAUCGAAACGCUCAGACUCGCCAUUGUGUACAUCUCCUUCAUGACGGAUCUCUUGAAGGAAAAUUAA